AUGUCCUUUACAGACCAUGAUGACCAAGAUACAUUGACAGAGGAAAUUUCAUCGUUAGAGUCGAAACGUGAAACUCUGAUUGCAAAACUCAAACAAUUAGAAGAAAAACAAUUUUCUAAAAAAAAAAAAUUUCCUGAUCCAAUCAAGCUCUUCACCCAGCAACCCUUUCAAGCUCCUUCUCUCGAUUUUGAACGUCUCUCGGGCAUUUCCUUUUUCAUUCCUCAUGACCCAGAAGAGCAAUCUAGAAAGCAAUUGCUCGUCAAAAAUCCUAAAACCUUUCACAUCCAGUCGGCCCCACUGAUUCCUCUAUUGGGUGUCCGGUUUGAUUUUAUGAUGCAUCCCAUGCAAACCAUGUUUCCUUCUCCAACCUCAGAUACUUCCUUUUAUCAAUACAACCCCAUAGAUGGAAACGCCUUUGACGCUCCUCAUUACAUAGUUUUCCGCGUUUUCGAAGAUGCCCUUUCUCUUUACAAAUAUACCAUCCCAAACUUUUUUCGCCUUGACGCCUGGGCCGACGACUAUCUGACUUCUAAACAUCCCGAUCGUCUUCGUCUCUUUUUAUGGAGAGUCCACAAGUUAUUGAUUGCCCAUUCCUGCCGAAAAAACAUACUUUCCCAACUCAACAAUACCUUUCAACAGCAUCCUUUUAUACAAAUUUCCGCCGAUUUAACCUACACGCACAUUGAAAUCGACAUACACGACCAAUGGAAAGCUAGAUUCUUUUGCUCUAUGGACUCUACCCGCAUCCAACGUUGCCAAAUCUUCGAAUGUCGUCCUACAUGGCACAGAGAUUACACUAUGGAAGUAACUCUUCUUUCCGAAGAUGUAUGGCUAGAUACUUUACAUAAAAAAAUAAAAACUUUUCUUUAA